AUGUCUCAAUCCCUCCGUCCUUACCUCCUCUGCGUCCGGUCUUCCCUGACUGCCGCAUUAUCCCUUUCGAAUUUCGGGUCCCAGACAUCUGAACGCCAUAACGUCCCCGAAAUCGAAGCCGCCAGCUCUCCAGAAGUCCUCCUUAACCCAUUGACCGUCUCCCGCAACGAGAACGAGAAAGUCUUGAUCGAACCGAGCAUCAAUAGUAUACGAGUCAGCAUUAAGAUCAAGCAGGCAGAUGAAAUCGAGAACAUACUAGUACACAAAUUCACGAGAUUUCUGACGCAGAGAGCAGAGGCUUUCUUCAUACUACGGAGAAAGCCUGUAAAGGGAUAUGACAUAUCAUUCUUGAUAACGAAUUCCCAUACGGAGGAGAUGCUGAAGCAUAAGCUGGUUGAUUUCAUUAUACAGUUCAUGGAAGAGGUAGAUAAAGAGAUAUCCGAGAUGAAGCUUUUUCUGAACGCGCGGGCAAGAUUCGUGGCAGAAUCUUUCCUGACUCCGUUCGACUGA